AUGCCGGCCGGAAAUGCAGACGGGCCCGACAAAAGGACGACGGCGUACGAGAACAUCUUUGGUCGGCCGACUGCCAAGCCAAAAGGUCCGGUCCCCUCUGCGCAGCCGUCGAUGCCGCCCCAUGUCCAACAAUGGGUUCACCAGCAGGCCUACGGCGCUCAGCCAGCACCAAGAUGGAAUGGAGCACCCGCUGGCCCAUAUCCCCCGCGGGUCUAUGGCGCACAGCCAUAUCCGCAGCAGGGACCUCCCAUGAUGGCUGCAGGACCAGCGUAUGGGUAUGGCCCGAACGAUGCCAUUGAUCGGAGGGCCAGCGUCACACCAUCGAUCAGCUCCCAGGACCCUCGCAUGUCGGCUCACUAUCCUCAGUCGGUCGGCAUCGGAGGAGGGCUCGCCAGCGGCGGUUCUAGCGCGGUAGACCCGUAUGGCAGUCACAAUAACAUCUAUCAGCAACCGAGCGGCUCGAACAAUGGCUAUGCACCUCAAAGACGGCCCCUUUCCCGAGGCGGUGGUGGCGGAGGCAGCUACUCCGAUGUGCCCCCGGGCUAUCGACAGUCAUCCGCUGCUGCGGCUGCACCCGCUGCCUCCUCCGACGAGCAGGGAAUGCUGAGUUCUCCGCAGCACGAACCUCCGCGACUCCCUAGCAUCGAGCUAGGCGCUGGCUCGGGCAGCGCCGAUGAUCACUGGUUCACCAACGGGUCCAACGGCAAUGCUAGGCACUCCAAGUCGUCUGCCGCGUCCAAAGCGCAGGACAGCGUUGACGACAGCGAGACACCGCUCAGUCCCACGCCAAAACAGUCGGCCAUUCUAUCACAGCCCGUCCAUGAGUCAGAGACGACCGAAGUGAUUGGUGAAAAUGGCGGGGUGGACCCAUACCAGCUCAACGACUACCAAGAGUACCAGCGGCAGACCGCCUCCAAGUCUGGUGCUUCGUCGUUGUACGAUGGCAAUGGCAGAAGGCGAGGUUCUUUUGAGUCUGACCGACAGAGCAUUGCCAACUCGAUAUAUACGCUUCCCGGAGCAGUUGGCAACAGCUCCCGGAUGGUCUAUAACCAGGGUGGGCAAGGGAGCUACUUUCAGCCUCAUCCUCAACAGCAGCAGCAGCAAGGCAUCUCGGCUCUAACGCCAUACAAUUCUAGCGACGCCAAUUUGACAUGGGGCCGGCAAGCUCGCAUGCGGACAACGUCGAGCGCCACGCAAGCCGCACAGGGCGUCUACGCUCCAGGGUACGCUGAUCAAAACACAGAGUGGCGCAAGAGUGUCGAAUCGGCCUCGGCAAGGCAGGGCGGUGACAACAUUCGGUCGCUUUCCGUUGGUCAACAGCAGAUUCGCAACCCGGCCAACUCGCCCCACGGCAGCACGGGCAGCGCAAUGCAGCAGAAUCAGACAUCCGGUCGUCGCGGUCCGCUCGUCUAUCCCGCCCUCCUGUCUCGUGUUGCCGAGGCCUUUAAGCAGCGCGUCACCCUGUCUGAGCGACAAAAAGAUGGCCUGUCCUACACGGAUGCCUUUGACGGCCGCGAGGCAGUCGAUCGCAUCGCAUACAUCAUCAAGACAACGGACCGCAACUUGGCCUUGCUUCUUGGUCGAGCCCUCGACGCUCAAAAGUUCUUCCACGAUGUGACCUACGACCACAGGCUUCGAGACUCACCAAAUGAGCUGUACCAGUUCCGUGUACGGCUGACGAGCCCCUUUGGGUCCGAGGGUGACGACCAGUACGAGGACGCAAGCGAUCAGCUCUACAAGGCGUCAGCCACACCGGGUCGUCUGAGCAUUCCAUCGUCUAAGGGCCCGACGAGGGACAAUUCGACAUCGAGCGUUCAACAGCAGGACCCCUCAUCUCCGGCGCCCGAGGUCUCGACGCCUGCCACCUCUAUCCCAGGUGGUCAGGGAAGGCAAGCGAUCGAUGAGGACGUCGAAGACGCGCUGCCCACGGGUGUCUUUACCCUCUUGACUGACUGCUAUAGUCCGACGUGCACGCGGGACAGGCUGUGCUACAGCAUUGCUUGCCCCAGGCGGUUGGAGCAGCAAGCACGCCUCAACAUGAAGCCGCAGCCGGGUCUCAAAAGGAGCAUCAGCAAGGAGUCGCUGGGCGACGUCAAGGAGCAGGGCGCUUUGUGGGCCGACUCGGUGUCGGAAGAGGUGCUCAAGAGCCUGUCGGAUUCUGAGAGAAAACGGCAGGAGCUCAUCAAUGAGGUCAUUUACACCGAGAGAGACUUUGUCAGGGACCUAGAGUAUCUCCGUGACUCGUGGAUCAAGCCGUUGCGAUCGAGGGACGUGGUGCCCGAAGCGAAAAGAGACGAUUUUGUUACCCAGGUCUUCUGGAACGUCUUGGAGAUCCACGCUGUCAACUCGAAACUUGCUGAGCUCUUGAGCAAGCGACAGAAGCAGCAGGCCGUCGUUGACCGGAUCGGCGACAUUCUCUUGGAGAUGGUGCCCCACUUUCAGCCGUUUGUCAAAUACGGCGCUCACCAGCUCUACGGCAAAUACGAAUUCGAAAAGGAAAAGUCGUCGAAUCCGGCCUUUUCCAAGUUUGUCGAAGAGACAGAACGGAUGCCCGAGAGCCGUAAGCUGGAACUCAACGGCUACCUGACAAAGCCCACGACGAGGUUGGCUCGAUACCCGCUCUUGCUCGAGGCUGUGGUCAAGGCGACGCCCGACGACAAUCCAGACAAGCAGGCGCUUCCCAAGGUCAUUAAGAUUGUCAAGGAAUUCCUUUCCAAGGUCAACACGGAGUCGGGCAAGAGCGAGAAUCGGUUCAACCUGGCGCAGCUUGACCAGCAGCUCGUCUUCAAGCAGGGUGAGGCUGUGGACCUGCGACUGCGAGACGAGCAGCGAGAGCUUGUCUUCAAGGGUCCGCUCAAGAAGCGAGGCGGUACACAAAGCGAAAGCGCUGAGCUGCAGGUGUUCUUGUUUGAUCAUGCCGUGCUCAUGGUCAAGGCAAAGACGGUGCACAAGAAUGACCUCUACAAGGUCUUCCGAAAGCCAAUUCCGCUCGAAUUGUUAAUCGUCACGGUGUAUGACGAUGUGCCGACGGGCAAGGGCAACGCAACUCGGCCAAAGUCUGUCAUGUCAAAGACCUCGACGGGUAGUCGGUUGAGCGGUGGGGUCCCCACCGGAUCGGCGCCAAAGCAGGAUCCAAAGACGGGCUAUGCCUUGACGUUUACUUAUCUUGGACGAAAGGGCUACUCUCAGACACUGUGGUCGAGCACGUUCGUUUCGCGAAAGAAGUGGUUCGAGCACAUUGAGAGCCGCCAAGAGAUUCUCCGCCAACGCUCGAACAUUUUCGACACCAUGACGCUCUCGGAGGGCUUCUUCCAGGGGCCUAGCCGGGUGACGUGCAGCGUGCCAUUCGACUUUGGUAGACGGAUCAUCUACGGAGCUGACGAUGGCGUCUAUCUCUCGGACCUGCGAGAAAAGGCUCGACCGCCCACGAAGGUGUUGCCCCUUCCAGGUGUGACCCAGAUCGACGUCUUGGAAGAGUAUCAGAUCCUCAUCAUCCUCGCCGAGCGGUCCGUCCACACCUUUACCCUCGACGCGCUCGAUCCUUCAGAUCCCAUGGGCAGCUUGAAGCGUGGACGGAGGAUCUCAUCGCACACUUCCUUCUUCCGCGCUGGCCAGUGUCUAGGACGCACACUCGUGUGUGUCGUCAAGUCUUCGUCGCUGUCGAGCACAAUCAAGACACUGGAGCCUAUUGAGCAAAACGUGCGUGGAAAGAAGCAGCCAACCUUUCGGAAGCUGCUCCAGGGUGGUCAAGAGACCCUGCGCGUCUUCAAGGAGUUCUACAUUCCCACCGAGUCCAGCUCCAUCCACUUCCUCAAGAGCAAGCUCUGUGUCGGCUGCACCAAAGGUUUCGAGAUUGUCGACCUGGAGACGCUCGAUACGCAAGGCCUCCUCGAUCCUGCUGAUUCCAACCUGGACUUUGUGCAGCGAAAAGAGACGGUCAAGCCGAUUGCCAUCUAUCGCAUCGACGGCGAAUUCCUAUUGUGCUAUGACGAAUUUGCCUUUUAUGUCAACAAGAACGGCUGGCGUGCAAAGGGCAACUGGAUCAUUCAUUGGGAGGGAAACCCAACCUCGUUUGCACUUCACUACCCCUACGUUUUGGCGUUCGAACCGUCGUUCGUCGAAGUGCGUCACGUCCAGACGGGGGCGCUGCACCAGGUCAUCACGGGCUACAACCUUCGAUGCCUCUUUGCGGACGUGCCUCCAGCGACAUCGGGCAGCUCAUCUGGCUCGUCUAUCUCCUCGUCCGCAUCCGCUCAUUCCUCGCACUCGAACUUGCACUCCAUGACCCCCUAUGGUGCUCGACCAGGCAUGCCACCCGGGUAUCCAAGUGGCUCGCCUUACGGACCACCGGGCGCCCUUUCACGACAGCAGAGCUUCAAUAUGAUGGGCGGGCCGGUGGGUCCCCACGGCAGUCCCUUCGCCACACCCCGCCCAUUGGGGACCAUGUCUCCGUACGGUGUCCCACCACCGCAGCAGCAGCAACAACAGCAGAUGAUGUACCCGGGGCGACCGGGGAUGCCCUACGCAUUCACCCAGGCCCAGGCGCCGCGACCGCCGCCGCCGCAGCGAAACCCCGUCUGGGAAUCUGUCGCCGCCAGCCGAAACCAGAUUGUCUUUAUCGGAGACACCUCGGUCUUUUGUAUACGCCCCGCAGGCUCCUCGGCCUCAUCACCGGCGCCGACGUAG